AUGGGUUCAUUACCCCCUGCUCUGCUUGCACGUCUUCAGAAGCGUGGAAUAGUUAAAGCUGCAAAUGAAGAGGUUAUUGCUGAAAGCUAUGACUCUGCGGAAGCAAAGGAGAAGAAAGCAACUGAAACUAGCUUCUCUGGCGCUCCAGGAUGUCCAAAUAAAUACAAUCAGUAUCAUCUGUGUACGGAAUACUGCUAUGACCACUGGAGAGAAGGCACCCCGGAGAACAGGCUUCCGGAAUCGUACUUGAGAAAAAGGCGACGAAUGCUCGCUAAGUUCCCUCUUCCAGAUCCCUGGGUUGAGGUGUAUGACGCGGGAAUGGCUAGGCAUUACUAUUGGAAUCAAGAUACAGAUGAGGUGUGCUGGGUUUCACCCCGUCAUCCCAUUGCAGUCAUAGGCGAAGCUGCUCCCAAACUUGCCAGAGAAAUGAAGGAGAGGAUGGAAACUGCUUCAGCCGAAGCUCAGGAGAAGAAGUCGGAAGGAAAAGCCCUUAAGUCGGCUCUUUCAAAGAAAAAGAGGCGGAAUUCUGAUGACUCAGACGGCGGAAGAGGUGAUGAUAGUGAUGAAGAUUUAUCGAAGAUUGAGGAAAUGAACGAGAGGGACAGACUAAAACGAGCGCGACGAAAGGGUAUCGAUCCCAUGGAUCCAGCAGCGUAUGGAGAUGUGCCUGUUGGAAAGUGGUCUUCUGGUCUCCAUGCGCAUGAUAGAACCGGUGCCGAUGUAACGGCGGGUGGCCCGCUCUUCCAACAAAGGCCUUAUCCAGCUCCUGAAAUGGCCUCGGAUGCGCUUCAGUUCGUAGUUUCACGGGUAUCUGAUACUCAUAAAACGGUCAGCGACCAUUUACGUAAAGUUGAUCCGCUCUUGCUGGUCAUUGGAGCAGUAGGAGGAACCAUCGUCUAUUUGAAGGUCAGCCGGCUUUAUAAACGAAGUGAGGAGCCUCUUGUUAAACGACUGGCGGCCUACGCCUUUUCUCAAUUUCGUCGCCUGCCAAUGGCGGGCGCUAAGAAGGAAAUACUGGAAGCUAUUCAUAAAGACGACACUGAUAGAAUAUUCUUAGCAGAAUUACCAAACAAUGGUUUGUCUGCGGACGCCGUGGUAGGACUCGCAGAAAAGUACGAUUCGUAUGGCAAGUUCGACAUUGCCGAGGGCCGAGUUUCGGGUGCCGUUUAUACCGACAGAUCUCCUGAACAUAUUGCUCUACUUACCAAGAUUUAUGGCAAAUAUGCCUAUUCAAAUCCUCUUCAUCCUGAUAUUUUUCCUGGUGCGCGGAAAAUGGAAGCAGAAACGAUCCGCAUGGUUCUCAAUCUCUACAACGCGCCACCUGAGAGUUCUGGUAGUUUAACAACUGGUGGAACUGAGUCUAUCAUAAUGGCUUGUAUAGCCUACAGGAACAGGGCUUUCAAGAUGGGUGUGGAGAAUCCUGUGAUUGUUUGCUCGGAAACCGCUCACGCUGCUUUUGAUAAGGCUGCCUUCAUUUGUGGUAUGCGCGUUCGCCAUAUUCCAGUGGAUGAAAAUAACCGUGUCAAUCUGCACAAAAUGGAAAAAGCGAUAGAUUCUGAUGUUUGCAUGCUCGUUGCUUCAGCGCCAAAUUUCCCAUCGGGAACCGUCGAUCCUGUCCCAGAUGUCGCGAAGCUGGGAAAGAAGUACAAUAUUCCGGUACAUGUUGACGCUUGUUUGGGAGGAUUCCUUAUUCCUUUUAUGGAUGAGUGUGGCUAUGAUAUUCCCGUUUUUGAUUUCCGUAAUGAAGGUGUUACAAGCAUCAGCUGUGACACUCAUAAAUAUGGAUGUACGCCAAAGGGCAGUUCGAUCAUAAUGUAUCGAUCAAAGGAAUUGCUACAUUAUCAGUACUUCUCUGUACCAGAAUGGACUGGAGGCAUCUAUGCAACGCCGACCAUUUGUGGAAGUCGCGCUGGUGCAAACUCAGCUGCAGCCUGGGCCACUCUUUUGUCGUUCGGCAAAAGGGAGUAUGUGAAGAGAUGUCACGCGAUUGUCUCUCACACGAAGAAAAUAGCUGCUGGAGUGCAGAAUAUUGCUGGACUUGAGCUUCUUAUGCACAGUCUAUAUCUCGGUACCCAUCACUGUAAAGACAGAGACAGUUCAACCCUCUCUGCCUAA